ACGUCGGUGGAUUAUUCGCCAAGGACACGGCUACAACCCAGAAGCCAAGCUACUUCCAUUACCCCGUACGUGUUAGCCAAAGUGUGGGAAGAAUUGGACUUUAGGUCGGAUUUGUGCCGUAUAACUGAAGGUGCACAUAUUGGACAUUUGUAAGAAAAACCAGGUUAGUUUACCUUCAAAUGGUGUUGUUGCAAAUAGUGAUAAUCAAACUGAAACUGGGACAUCCUUUAAUGUGAUUGAGAGUUGUGUGUGAUUGGAGACGUGUCGCGUGACGCCCGACUGCAGACCGGGGAGUCCAGGUGGAGAGGGGCCGACGCGACGGCGGCGGUGGUGGAGGUGGUCGCCGCCGUCUGAUAACCCCGGGGACAGCCCCGCCAGAAGCCCGCCGCCAUGCCGGGCGAGCAGGCGCGCAUCGCGCUGCUGCUGUGCCUCGUCGGCUUCCUCAAGGAGUUCCGGCCGUCCAAGCCGUUCGGCGUGGCCUACAUGACGGGGCCCGUGCUCAACAUCUCCACCACGCAGGUGGACGAGGUGGUGCUGCCCAUGAGGACCUACAGCUACAUGUCGCUGCUGGUGGUGUCGCUGCUGCUGACAGACUUCCUGCGGUACAAGCCCGUCCUCGUGGUUGGCGCGCUGGCCGGCGUCUCCACCUACUCACUCCUCACCUUCGGCCGCAAAUUCGAGCUCGUCAUACUGGCGCAGUGCACGCACGGGAUUUUCAUGGCGAGCGAAGUGGCCUACUCCACCUACAUGUACACGAGGCUGGACAAGGCCCACUACCAGAAGAUCACCAGCCUGACCCGCACAGCCCUCUUGCUGGGGCGCGCCCUGUCUGGAUUCCUGGCGCAGGCGCUCAUCUCCACCACUGGGGCGAGGCCCUACCACCUGUUCUACAUCACCCUGGCAUGUGAGGUGGGGGCCGCCGCGUGCGCGUGCCUGCUCCCGCGCGCCGCCAGGAGCCUGUACUUCAACCGCAGGAGCUCCGGGGCCGCGACCAAGGCGGGCCCGCCGCCCGGCCGCACAAGCGGGCCGUGCUCGGAGGGGCUCCGCCUGCUGUGGGCCGACUUCCAGGCCGCCUUCACCAGCAGCUACGUGCUCAAGUGGUCCAUGUGGUGGGCCUUCACCAUGUGCGGCUUCUUCCAGCUGACGACGUACUGCAAGGUUCUCUGGAAAGUGAUGACCCAGGAAACCAAUGAGACCUACACAAGCCUAUAUAAUGGCGUCGCAGAAGCCUUGGGAACUACUGCAGGUGCCGUGGUCUCGCUGUCUUGCGGCUGGCUGGGCGGAGGUUGGUAUCAAAGGGCGGACCUGCUGCUGGGGGUCUGCUCCUUGCUGCACGGGUUUCUGCUGUACGUUUCGUCCAUCACCAGCUCCCUCACGUCGUCCUACAUCUGCUAUGUUGCCUUCGUGGUGUCCUACCACUUAGUCAUCACCAUCGCCACGUCCGAGGUGGCCAGGAACAUCACGGACGACAGCUACGGCCUGGUGUUCGGUGUCAACACCUUCCUGGCCCUCGUCAUCCAGUCGGUGAUAGCCAUGGCCGUGCAGAGCCCGGCGGGCCUGGCGCUGCCCGUCAGGGCCCAGUUUGCUGUGUAUGCCGGGUACCACACCGUGCUGGGCUUGGUGUAUACCAUCAUCGCUUUCUUCACAGCGCUGUUCAUGAAGGACUACAAGUACACUGUGACCUGCUGACAACGCUUGUCCACGAUCUCAUACGAACACAUGCACAGCCGAGCUGAAUAGAAGCAUUAAUACAUUGCAGCAUGCUACAGUAUGUGUUUUGUGACAACAGAAUAAAAGAAUUUGGUUGCAGAAUUAUUAUACAGAAAGACUGAAAUGAUGAAGUAAAUGUUAGCUGCAAGGAGACAGAAGCACUAAUAAUAUAUUAAGUAUUAGUCAUGUGACAAAAUAUUAUCACUACAUUGAGUAUCCAUUUAUUAACACAGUAUAUUUUUUUUUUAGUGAAUUGAGAAACGCUGUGUAUUUUAAAGAAUGGAAAUAUUAACAGGCUUCCAACAGUUUAGUCUAGUGAUGGCUCAUGAAAAGCUACUUGACAUUAAAAUAGUUGAAGAAAUAUGUUUAAGUUUUUUCGAUGGCUUGUGUUUCUGGCAGCUUAUCAAGUGUAUUUUUUUUAUCAGUAGACAAAUAUUUCAGUAAAAGUUUAUAACAAAGUGUGUGAAACCACAGGUAUCAUUAAAAACCUUCAUUAAGUUCACCUGUUUCCUGUCCUCAGUAUGUCUCAUAACUUAUGACCAUCAGAUCAUGAGUGGUUCAGAACAACUGUAAUCAUAAAAUAAUGCUUUUUUGAUCACAAUCAUACAACAUAAGACCUGCCUUUGACUUAUUUUUUUACACCCUAGGUAUCUAGGCAGUGAUGUAGAUCUUAGCACAGCAUGUUCUUGCUCCUGAUGUGAUACAAUGCGAUAUAAAAGGUUUAUAAAAUUAUGGACAGAGAUAUUGAGUUAUCAAAAUUCCUUUAUACAAAUGGCAACAACAUGGGUGCACUAAGAAGAAUUUGCUUUCAGUUGAGAGUUAUUUUUGUACACCAUUAAGGGUAAGAAAAUGUAACUUACGCGUGCACGCAAGCACACACACAAACUCAUUUGGUUGACUGGAAACAAGUUAGUUAAACUUUCUACUAUUGAAACAGAAUUUCCUUUUAAUUAACAAGCUGAACUCACAUAAAAUGUUCCCACAUGCUAUACAAAAGCAAUGCAGAGUUAUGGGAAUUUUUUAAAAGCUCCUAUUUUUCUACUUCUAAGUGAAUACAACUGUUUUAUCCUGACUAUGCCACAGAUUACCAAAUAUGUUCAGUUAAUUUUAACAAAAAUGUUAAUUUACUGCUCAUGCCCAAAUUAAUGUAUUAAUAUUUUCUAGAUUUUAUGAAAUGUAAUUUGUUUUAAAAGAUUUUAUUUUUUACUUUUUAAUAAAAUAUGUAACCUAA